CAAACCAAUGUGAUAUCAAUUGGUCGUUGAAGCAGAGAUUAAAUUACAUUUGUUUGAGGAUGCAGGAUUUUUCUGUGCAGCGUGGCUACUGCUCUCCAUCACUAUUUGUGUUUUCGGUGCAGCGUGGCUACUGCUCUUCAUUACUAUUUGUGUUUUCGGUGCAGCGUGGCUAUUGCUCUCCAUCACUAUUUGUGUGCGCGCUCCGGCGUUCUUGCGCCCCCUGCCUGUCACCAAUCACAGUUCCUGAGCAUAGCCCCAACAACUCAAACGGCCAACACACAACACUGUUGAAGGUGUAAUAGAUUCGAGUUAAUACAAGGUUACGUUGUAAUAACUUGGGAAAACCAUCGAUGGGAGAGAAAGAAGCGAAGUGUUGUGAACUGCGCGUUCCGCGCGGCAUGGCCGAGGAGAUGAGCGAGCCCCGUGUGGUGCGGCGGCGGCGGCGGCUGCUGGUGGUGUGCGACGACAUGGGCUACUGCCCGCAGAGGAACCGCGGCAUCGUGGAGUGCUUCUUGGCCGGCCUCGCGAGCGGAGCCUCCCUCAUCGUCAACGGGAGGGCGGCCGAAGACGCGGCACGCCUCGCAAAGACGUGAGUGCCCCCCGGUGGCAGACGUGCAGCAGGUUCGGUUUUGUUUGGGUUUGGGGGGAGUGGGUUUGGUGGCGAGAUGUUAGCUCCCACCCCUGGUAUGCAGG